GCAAGCUGCAAGGGGAGCUCGACCACCGCAAGGCCCAGCUGGCGGAGGAGACCGCCAAGCGCGACAGGGCGCGCGCGCAGACGGCGCUGCUGAACGCGAUCUUCCUCAUGAUAGGGUCCAUGGAACAGCUCACCGCCCCCGACGCGACGCCCGCUGAAGACGAGGCCGCGCUCUCCGCGAUCGCCGAUCAGAUCGACGCGAUCCAGUCGCUC